CCCAUAGCGUGAAAGUGAGCCUUGUUGAGGGCACUGGUAUGGCCAAGGUAAAAGUAGUGCACUUGCCGUCGCCGGUACCGUUCCAUCUCCACUGCCUUGUCACUGCUCGUCAUGUUGGCGAAAUUCUUUGCAAGCUCUGGAUGCCGGAAAUUCUCCGAGUCAUCAUCGCCGUAAUUUUGAAAAUGCUUCGGGAUUUUAGCUUGUAGAAAUAUUGGAAGGACAGUAGCGUGUUGCCAGUCGAUGAUGCCAGUGAUGUCCCCAGAGUCGGAGACGAAGAUAUUGCUUGGCGAGAGGUCAGGGUGACGGAUAGUAGGUACAUUCAGCUGCUCCUCUUUUGGGAGAUGGCACACAACAGCACAGCCCAUGUAAAAAAGAUCGGCCUCGCCGAUCAGUAAGCACUCAUUCCUCGUGAAGGUAUUCUGUUACUCGUUCUUUACUGCCCACAAACAAGACCUUUCAAGCACCGGGUAGUAAGGCGCCCUUGGAAACAUGACACAAAUUCGAAUCGGCGAGACCAAUCUAGAAGCCAAGUCUAUCUUCGUCAUCGCUGGCUUGACCUAUCAAAAUGCUAGCAUAUCACGUGGACUGCCUCCACUUUACGCCUUUCAGUCGUCAACGGUCCUCACUAAGUAUUAUAAAUCUGCGGAUUGUAAACAGAACUUAUUCGCCUAGCAGUUCCUGUAUAACAAACCAUCCUUUCCAUUCAUUCCAGCAAAAUGGCUUUCAGCCCAACCGAGUACAAAGUCCUCAGUUUCGAUAUUUAUGGAACACUGAUCGACUGGGAAAGAGGCAUUUAUCAGGCACUCCUUCCACUCCUCUCCAAACUCCCAGAAUCAGAUUCCCGACAUCCCUACAAUCAUUCAUACGACAAGGAUAGAGCUAUAGCUCUCGGAAUCCUCUCUUCAUACACGAAACUCGAAGCUCAAAUCCAAAUCGAGCACCCCACUCUUCCUUACCCAAAGGUGCUGGAAACCAUCUACAAGCGUCUCGCCGAACAGCUUUCUCUCCCUGCCUCAGAAGCAGAAAUUACAGAAUUCGGCUCGUCAAUAGGAAGAUGGCCCGCUUUUCCCGACACUGUAAAGGCGAUGCGAUCUCUCGGCAAGCACUACAAGCUCGUUGUCCUAUCAAAUGUGGAUAAAGCCUCCUUCUCCAAAACGCUCUCAGGUCCUCUUUCCGGGGUUAAGUUUGAUGCUAUUUAUACGGCUGAAGAAAUCGGAUCGUACAAACCCGAUUUGAAGAAUUUUCAGUACAUGGUUGAGAAUGCAGGGAAGAGUUUUGGAGCGAAGAAGGAGGAGGUCUUGAAGGUGGCGCAGAGUUUGUAUCAUGAUCAUAUUCCGGCGAAGAAGUUUGGGCUGAGACCGAGUGUGUGGAUUAAGAGGGGAGGAGAUGAUGCGGCGAUGGGUGGGAGGUUGGAGGAUGUGAAGGAUCAAGUGCAACUUGCGGCUGUGUUUACGACCCUAGGAGAGUUUGCCGAGGAGGUUGAAAAAGGAUUCGGGAAAGUCUGAGCCCAAGAUUUCAAAUUUGAGUGAGUACUUCAAUGCAGCGGAAGGAGGAUCAAACAGUCGAGAGCAUGAAGAAGUUGUUCGGCUGUACUAGACAAUGCUUGCGAGAAUGGAAUGAAAACACC